ACAAACAUUACAUAUUAUCAAUUGCCAUCAUCAAAAUCAUCAAGUAACUAUGCAUCAAACAUAUUGAUAAUGUUCCAGUUAUAAUGGUUCAAAGGCAACUCUAAACCGGUGGGUUUUUAACCUUGAUUUUUAGGAACUCAGUUUCAGCUGUUUUGUAGUUUUCUGGAAGUUUGUUCCACAUUUGUAGUGCAUAGAAGCUGAAUACUGCUUCUCCUGUUUGGUUUUGGUUCUGGAGAUGCAGAACAGAAUCAGAAGAUUUGAGUGGUUUGGAAGGUUGAUGCAAGAACUGCAGACCUUUGUGUUGUGGCGCAAAGCUAGUCAGUGAUUUAAGCUAACAGAGGUUUUUUAAAGUCUAUUCUCUGAGCUACAGGGAAGGACUUUAUUCAAAUUAGAAAAUGUCUGUAUAAUGAAUGAUCCACAGGGAAAUUCACACGGAUGAAUAAGUGACCUAUGUUUUAAAUCUUUACAGCUCUCCCAUAGCCCAAGAACCGAUAUGGACAAUAAGGCACUGGAACCAGAUUCUGUGGGUAUCCCCAUGGAGGAAACUGUAGUGUGUAGUGGAGGGUGCUUAUCUUUAGCUCAGACUCAGUUGCAGCAGGAACCAUCCAUGUGGGCCCAUCUGAAUAAGGUUGAGAACCAGAUUACUGAUGGGCAGUGUUUCUUUCACUUACCCAAACGCUCAGCCGUGGACCUAGAGUUCAUUGACGUCUCCUACACCAUCCAAGAAGGACUAUGUUGGAAGAAAACAGGUUUAAAAUCUUUAUUGCAGUCCCUUUCUGGAAGGUUCUGCAGUAGAGAGCUGGUAGGAAUCAUGGGGCCCUCUGGAGCUGGGAAGACCACACUAAUGAACAUUCUGGCUGGUUACAGAGAAAAAGGGACGAAGGGUCAAAUCCUGGUAAACGGGAAACCCAGGGAUCUGAAGACCUUCAGGAAAAUGUCUUGCUACAUCAUGCAGGAGGAUGUUCUGCUGCCACAUCUCACUCCCAGGGAGGCCAUGAUGGUUUCAGCAAAUUUGAAGCUGGAUGAAACCCUGGAAGUGAAAAAAAAUCUGGUGGAUGAGAUUCUAACUGCCUUGGGACUCCUUGACUGUGCCCACACCCGCACUGCUGCGCUCUCUGGUGGUCAGUGUAAACGUCUGGCUAUCGCAUUAGAACUGGUCAACAACCCUCCAGUCAUGUUCUUCGACGAGCCCACAAGUGGUUUAGACAGUGUUUCCUGCUACCAAGUGGUGUCCUUAAUGCACUCUCUGGCACUGGGAGGACGUACCAUUAUCUGCACCAUUCAUCAGCCCAGUGCCAAAUUGUUUGAGAUGUUUGACAAGCUUUACAUCCUCAGUCAGGGUCAGUGUAUCUACAAAGGCUCAGUACCAUCCCUUAUCCCCUACAUGAAGACUAUGGGCCUCUGCUGUCCUACCUAUCACAACCCUGCUGACUUCAUCAUUGAAGUGGCCUCAGGAGAAUAUGGGGAACUAAACCCUGUGCUCUUUGAGGCAGUUCAAGGUGGAAUGUGCACCUUAGAACACAGGAGGAACCUUUGUGCAGCCAACAGCUCCAUGAAUGCUGAAUACAUUGAGAGCCAUACCUUUGCCACAAGCACACUCACACAGUUCUGCAUCCUCUUCAAGAGAACAUUAAUAACUAUAUGUCGAGAUCAGGUUUUGACCCACCUCAGACUGAUCUCCCAUAUCACCAUCGGUGUAAUAAUAGGUCUACUCUAUUUAAAUAUUGGCAAUGAUGCCAACAAGGUGUUUAACAACACUGGAUUUCUCUUCUUCUCUAUGCUUUUCUUAAUGUUUGGAGCCCUCAUGCCAACAGUGCUGACCUUUCCUAUGGAGAUGUCUGUGUUCCUGCGGGAGCAUCUUAACUACUGGUACAGCCUAAAGGCUUACUACCUGGCUAAAACCAUGGCUGAUAUCCCAUUUCAGAUGAUCUGCCCCACCAUGUACUGCAGCAUUGUGUACUGGAUGACAGAGCAGCCUCCUGAGGCUAGCCGUUACCUGCUCUUCAUAGCUCUGUCCAUCUGCACUGCCCUGGUGGCCCAGUCCUUAGGCCUGCUGGUUGGGGCGGCCUCCACAUCUCUUCAGGUAGCUACAUUUAUUGGACCGGUUACAGCGAUACCAGUGCUGCUUUUCUCUGGUUUCUUUGUGAACUUCAACACUAUCCCUAAUUAUCUGCAGUGGAGCUCCUAUGUGUCCUAUGUCAGAUACAGCUUCGAAGGGGUGCUUCUGUCUAUCUAUGGGAUGAACCGCUCAGACCUGGAGUGUCCUGGGAAGGUGUGUAGGUUCCAACAGCCUGAAGAGGUUCUGCAGCUGUUAAAUGUGGAAGAUGCUGAGCUCUACAUUGAUUUCAUUGUCCUGGGUAUCUUCUUUAUAGUUCUUCGACUGACCACUUACCUUGUCCUAUGCUACAAGGUCAAGUCUGAGAGAUAGAUUUUUCUGUCCUUUUCAAUAGUCUUAUUCUUGUGCACAGAGUAUGAGAUGUCAUUAUAAACCUGGGAAGUUUGCUUACUCAGUUUUCUUCUGCUAAAUGGACAGAACACAAACCCUCUUCUGGCAAGCAACAACUGGAGUGACAGUUCAGAAAGGCCAUCAAAUGAAUCGGCUUUCUCUGUUUUACAUCAUUUAAACUGUUGAAUCCACAAAGAUACAUCAACAGACAGACUGAGCCACUUUCCCCAGCACAGUUCCUCUGGCAUGUUUGUUGAAAAGAUGUAGAAAUUUUGUUGCCUUACAACAGGGGUGUUUUCAAGGGCCGGUGUCCUGCAGUUUUUAGAUAUGCCACAGGUACAAAACACUAAAAUGAAAUGGCUUAAUUACCUCCUUCUUGUGUA